UUGUGACGUAAUCACCCAGCGCCUCAGCUCCACAUGUCUUCCUGCUGAAGUUUAUGCUGUUCUGGUUAAGGAGUCACCAUGGCCAGGCAGUGGUCUGAGGGCCACUCCACCCCCAUCCUGUGUGUUGGAGCUUCUCCGGGUCCUGAAGGCCUCCUCGCUUCAGGCUCCGAGGGCGGAGAGGUGACCGUGUGGAGCCAGGAAGGGACCAUCAUCGGCAGACUCACCCUCCCCGGGGAAGAGGACAGCACGAGUGUCGUGUUCUCACCUGCGACCCCGGGUCAGCUGUACGUGUCUCACGGAGAUGCUGUGAGCGUCCUCGACCCCAGGAACCUGAGGGGCCCCGUGGAGGAGUUUCAGGGUGCGGGCGAAGAGGAGAUCAAUGCUUUAGCUCUAAAUGACACCGGCUCAGCCCUGGCGGUGGCCGAUGACUCCGGGGCAGUGCGGGUGCUGGAGCUUCCUGGGGGAAAAGUGUCCAGGACUCUUCGCAGACACACCAACAUCUGCUCGUCUGUGGCUUUCAGGCCUCACAGACCCAACAACCUUCUGUCUGCUGGACUGGACAUGCAGGUGAUGCUGUGGGGUCUGCAGAAGACCCGCCCUCUGUGGACACUCAGCCUUCAGGACAUAGCGGAGGACGAAGACGAUCACCAGCAGCGUCCUGGUCAGCUCUUUAACCCACCACUGGCUCACUGCGUCUCAGUGGCGAGCUGUGGGAACAUUGUGGGCUGUGCAGCAGAGGACGGUCGGGUUCACCUGAUGCGGAUCGGCAGCGGCUCUAAAUUGGAGCAGCAGGGCGCAGUGAAAGCUCACAGCCAGGGAGCCUCACAAGCCCACUUUGUUAAUUUACCCUCCCAUCCAUACUGGCUCGUCACCGGGGGGAAUGACGGCCUCGUCGCCCUGUGGGACCUCAGUAAGCACCCAGUCGUGGCUCCAGAGGAAAAAGCCAAACCUAGAGUGGCCCAACGCAGGAAGGGUAAGAACAAGACAAAGAGGAAAGAACCGUCGCAGGACCAAGCAGAGACGCCACUGAAGGCUGAAGCAGAGAAGGAAGAAGCGGAAGUGGAGGAAGAAGCUGCAGAGGAUGUGACCGACGACAAGUCUGGGCCCAAACUGAGCAUCAGUCACGGGGACAAGGUGAACUGGCUGUGCCCUGUGGUGCUGAGAGGAGAACACUGUGUGGUUGUAGCUGAUCAGAGCUGCAGUCUGACUGUCUACCCUCUGUCUCAUCUUUAGAGUCGUGCACUUUACACCAUGUUCCUAAAGCUCUUGUUUUGGUCAUGGCUUUGCUUUAGUCUUAGUUUAAAUGCUUGUUUGUUAGUUCUUUUGUCAGAUUGCACAAUCCUGUGUGUUGCUGUUAGGACCCGCCACUCAGCUGCUGCACGAUUUGUCUGGUCUAUUAUAUGUGGCUUCUAAUUGAGAUGUGUGGAUCUUUCUCUCCUUUAAGUCUGAACUGAGGGCAAAAAAACAAGGUCUGAACCAUAGACUGUAUAUAAAAAUGUUCCAAUCUAGAAAUUAAGCCAAAAUAUCCUGGACAUAAACUGUGAAUUAGUGGAUAGAAGAUAUAGCUGCUGUAGCGAGGUCCCAUCGAUACAGACUCAAACAUCACAAGUUAGUUUCACCCCAUUUUCAUAGCAUUAAAUAACUAAUUAAAGCAAAGUUUAACAUUUAUCAAACCAUCUUUGAGAAAAAAAAUGUUAACCUGUAUUUUGAUUUCUUAGUUUAGUCCCAUCACUUUAUAUGAAGGAGCCAGGGUUUGUGACCAAUACGAAAGCCAGCCACCAGUGGGCGACCAAGAUGCUUUGGCCUCACUGUUGUUUAGCCGACAUGUGGUUAAUCUUUAUAUACAGUCUAUGAAUUAAACUGUGCAGAACCAGUAUUGUAAGUAGAUGUUUACAGCAGAGAUCAAACCCCACAAACACACCAUUUAACUUAAUGUGUAAUCAUUUUAAUGCCAUCUUCACUUGUUUGAUUUGGCUCAGUGUGUGGUCCUAUAAAAAUGUCUUUGAAAUGUACUUUGUCUGAAACUGGAGUUUUUUUAUUUUUCUUUAAUGUUGAUGGUCUGUGAAAAUACCACAUUAGAUGAAAAGAAAUCUGCUUUUCAUGUUUUACCAAGUCUGUUGUGUUUCAUAGAAUUAAAAGGACGUGUUCCACUCCUGA